UCAGUUAGGGGUCACCACAGACAGGGGAUUGUUGUAUGCAAACGUAGGAGGAACGGAGACAGCAGCGAGGCUAGAUCUGUGCAAAAUAAGAACGUUGUAACAACAUAAGAACGUUAUAAUAAAUAUGAGUGCAAUGUUCAAUGGUGCUUACCCAAAAAGGAAUCUAAGAAGUAUACUUGCCGAAAGGAACAACUUUGUUAGUGAAGAGACUAUAUUCUGUAAAGAUGAUAAUUUAGAGCAGUCUUUGAAAAUAUUGAACGAAGAUUUUGAGUCAUUUGAUAUAUCACCAAUAUCUAUUGGUUAUCUAUCUAUAAACAAUGAUUUAUUAACUCCAGAAUUAUCAAAAAAACUAUCUGUACAAAUAAUAAAUGCUACUUGGAAAUUAAUACAUAAACAUAGAUAUUUAAUGCGAUUACAUGAUCAAUUAAUUAAUUUAAAUCAGAAAACUCUUAAUGACAAUGAAAAUCUUCAGAAUCAUGUAAAACGUUUAAAAGAAGAUAUACAAAAAAAGGAACGUACGUUAUGUCAAGCAGAGGAAAAAGAAAGAAGACUUAAUAUUAAAUGUAAAAAUAUAUUGCAUGAUCUGAAAGAAGAAAGAGAGCAGAUGCAAAAACUAAAGAAGCAAGCUCAGUUUAAGGAAUCUCAACAUGAACAUGAAAUAAGAAGAAUUAUGCAAUAUAAUCAGAAACUUCAGGAUCAGUUACAAAAGUCUGCCGGUUCUUUCACGUCAAGAGAUAAAAUCUUACAAAAAAUGCAUGAGAAAGAACUAACUUCAUAUAAGCAAACUGUUUGUCGUUUGGAAGAGAAUAAUAGGCAUAUGUUGGAAGAAAUUAAUGAUCUGAAGAAAGCUCUAGACUUAUAUCAAACUGGUAUCGAUUUACAUAUUGAAUCAUCUGGAAUAUGGACUAAUAAUGUUUGAGCAUCAAAUGCAAUUAAUAUUUAUAAUUUAUUAUAAUUUGAAUAUACAAGAAAAAAUGCAUACAAUUGCUUGAAAUAUAUGUAAUUUGUA